CAGCAUUUACUCAGUAUGAUGAGUGCAAAGUUCUAUGUUUUUAAGUCUGCGUGAAAGACAUUGAUAUAUCGUGGAAUAUUGGCGACCUAUAAAGUGGAAGUUAUAAGCCAUGUAUUUCCGUAAAAUGCUACGGCCGUGUUUGGUGGGGACCAGAGCCGUGCAGCUCAGCCGUCUUCCCCGUGUUGGUCGAGCCGAGAGAUCACUGUGCACCAAGCACGAUGAGGUGAAGCUGGCGGAGGAGGCGGCUCGCAGGUACGGCUCCCCAGCCCCAACUAUCUUCUCCAAAGUGAUUGACAAAAGCAUCCCUGCAGAUAUCAUUUAUGAAGAUGACAAGUGUUUGGCAUUUAGAGACGUCAACCCACAGGCCCCUGUUCAUUUCUUGGUUAUUCCAAGGGUCCCUAUUCCUAGAAUAAGUGCAGCUAAGGAUGAUGAUGCCAAGCUCCUGGGACAUUUGUUGGUGGUUGCUAAAAAUGUGGCGAAGCAAGAAUCUCUGACGGAUGGGUACAGAGUGGUGAUCAAUGACGGCAAGGAUGGAUCUCAGUCGGUCUACCACCUGCACGUCCACGUGAUGGGAGGGCGUCAGAUGGGCUGGCCGCCCGGAUAACGGGUUCACGCGUGCUCUCCCUCGUCUCCGUCGUCAGCACUUCAACACUUCAGUCCCAACAGCAGGAAAUGACAUCAGUCCACAUACAAGUCAAAAACAUCACGUUUUCUUUCCUGAUCUCGUCAAAUGUGAAAAUGAAAAUGAAAGAUAUUAUGUUGAUUUAAUUGUAAACCAAGAUGCUUUUUCUCAAAGACUUGAUGCUCAAAUCAGUCAUUAAACAAUUCCAAUAGAAA